GUCAAUAUCAACCAGCAUUGCGAUUAAUGCAAAACCAAGCUCCAAUAGGAAAUCCACCUACAGCCUUUGUUCUAGUGCAAAAUAUUACUCCAACGCAAAAUCCAGCAUCAGCUCCAAAGGGCGAUCUCAUUUCGUUCAAUGAAAACUCACCAACACUCCAGCUGAGAGAAGAAAAUGUGCCAGCAGUCGACCUCGAAAUAGGAUCUAGUUUAGGUAAUAAAACUAUUUUAAUUCAUAAAAAUAUAUCAAAUGGGUUUGAAUUUUAUGACGGAAAAAGAAAAUGGUAUGGUGUUAAAGAAGAUUUCCAUGCUUUAUCUAAUAAGUACUAUUUUAUUAAAACAGAUCUAAAAGAAAUAAUUAUAGAAACCUAUAAAAGAAUUAUCAAAGAAUCGGAAGCUAUUACAGAAAAAACAAAUGCACCCAAAAGAAGUGAAAAAGUAGAUGAAAAAGAAAAUGCUUGGUUAAAUUUAGUAACAACAGAUGCUUUAGUAUUUGUUGAAAGAUAUGAAAAAGAAGCUAUUCAGUAUAAUGUAAACUCAAUGUAUGUAUUUGAAAUGUUAAAGAAAGAGGUGUCAUGGCUAAUUGCAUCAGGAAUUUAUACGCAUUAUGAUUUAGAAUGUGCUAAGGAAAACAGGUUAAAAGUAUAUUUAAUGAAUGAAUCACCAAACGCACUUAUAUAUGAAAAAAAUAUACAUAUUACUGGAAGUGAUAUGUUUGAAAAAUGGGGUAAUAUACUAUACAACAUUAAGAAAGAAGGUGGAACAGCAGAAAAAAAAAGAAUAUCAGAAAUUGUAGGACCAUUAGGUGAUCAAGUAAAGCGUAUUCAUACGGAUGGAUUUAUAGUAGCAAGGCAAGUAAAUCUCAAAACAGAUAUAGAAAUGG